ACUGGAGGAGUAUAUGGAUAGAAUAGGAAGAGCUGUGUGGCCUUGGCUGAGUCCUUCCCAUCCUUGCCUCGGGACCCUGAGUGGAGCCUGGAGCAGGGGCCAGAGGGGCCGGAAACACCCAUCCAGGUGGUGCUCAGGUGGGUAUAGGUUGGUUAAGAGGUGCCUGAGAGAGGAAGGGAAGGGACCGAUGGAGAGACAUCGGGAUGGGACAUCCACCCUACCGUCGGGCCCCAGGGUGCGUCCCAUGAGCGCUGCAGAGCUACGUCGAGGGGAGCAGAGCGCGCUGCACUGCUCAGGUUCCAGGACUCUGCAGGUGAGAAACCCCUACCCCAAUAAAAAAAAAAAAAAACCUACCGGAAAGAUGUGUAGAGGCCUCGUCCUUCCCCCCAGGCAACUUUGCCCAGGCCCCGCUCUCCCAAGGCCUCGCCCCCCUUCUCCACCGCCCCCUCCCCCAGGUGAGCCCCCCGGGCGGGGGCCCAGAUGUGGUGUUCCGCUUCCGCGCGGUGCUGGACGGGGCGUGCACGCAGGAGGACGUGUUCCGGGCUUGCGGUGUGCGGAGUCUUGGGGAGCUGGCGCUGCGCGGGGAGACGGGGUGCCUGUACCCCCCAGCCUGGGUGGCAUCAUGCAGAGGACCUUCGCCUGGCUGCUAGACCGUGUGCAGCACCUGGGUGCCCCUGUCACCCUCCAUGCUUCCUAUCUGGAGAUCUACAAUGAGCAGGUUCGAGACUUGCUGAGCCUGGGGUCUCCCCGGCGUCUGCCUGUUCGCUGGAACAAGACCCGGGGCUUCUAUGUGGAGCAGCUGCGGGUGGUGGAGUUUGGGAGUCUGGGAGCUCUGAUGGAACUUCUGCAAAUGGGUCUUAGCCGUCGAAGGAGCUCUGCUCACACUCUGAACCAGGCCUCCAGCCGAAGCCAUGCCCUGCUCACACUCUAUAUCAGCCGCCAAACUAUGUCUCCUGUGGAUCCCGGGAACCCUGUUGGUGGGAAGCUGUGCUUUGUAGACCUGGCGGGCAGUGAGAAGGUGGCAACCACAGGAUCCCGUGGGGAGCUGAUGCUUGAGGCCAACAGCAUCAACCGCAGCCUGCUGGCCCUGGGUCACUGCAUCUCCCUGCUGCUGGACCCACAGCGGAAGCAAAGCCACAUUCCCUUUCGAGACAGCAAGCUCACCAAGUUGCUGGCGGACUCACUGGGGGGGCGUGGGGUCACCCUCAUGGUGGCCUGCGUGUCCCCCUCAGCCCAGUGCCUUCCCGAGACUCUCAGUACCUUGCGAUAUGCCAGCCGAGCUCAGCGGGUCACGACUCGACCACAAGCCCCCAAGUCCCCCAUAGCAAAGCAGCCCCAGCGUUUGGAGACGAAGAUAUUGCAGCUCCAGGAGGAGAACCAUCUCCUACGGUCCCAGCUGAGCCAAAUGAACCUCAAGGUCUCUGGGUUCAGUGGGGCCCGGGUGGCCUGGGCCCAGCGGAACCUCUAUGGAAUGCUCCAGGAGUUUAUGCUGGAGAAUGAGAGGCUCAGGAAAGAAAAGAGCCAGCUGCAGAGUAGCUGGGACCUGGCCCGGGAUGAGCAGCGUGUCCUGGCCCAGCAGGUGCAUGAGCUGGAGCGGCGCCUCCUCUCUGCAUGCUACCUUCACCAGCCAGGCCUUGACCCAGCCCCGCCAUGUCCCUGUGUGAUGGUGCCAGCUCCCUCCUGUCAUGCGCUGCCACCCCUCUGCUCCUGCCCCUGCUGUCGCUUCUGCCCCCUGUGCCGAGCACCGCUGGCCCACUGGGCCUGCCCACGGAGGGAGCUCCAACUGCCCCAGAUGUUUGGUCCGAAGGCCCCAGAUGGCAUGCCCCUGUCUGCUCGGCCCCCACCCUGGGCACCCCCAUGCAGCCCUGGCUCUGCCAAGUGCCCAAGAGAGAGGAGCCACAGCGACUGGACUCAGACCCGAGUCCUGGCGGAGAUGCUGACUGAGGAGGAGGUGGUACCGUCUGCACCUCCACUGCCCAUGGGGCCCCCGAACACGUCACCGGUGCUGAGAGGUGGGGCCACAGUUCCAAACCUAGCCCGGAGACUGGAGGCCCUCAGAGACCAGAUUGGCAGCUCCCUGCGACGUAGCCGGAACGUGCCACCCCGCAGCGAGGGCUCGCAAAGCCCCAGCCGAGUCCUUCCUCCAUGCUGAGGGCAAAACAGAAACCCAGAAGACCACUGUGUGACCUCAGGCUGGGCUCUGCACUCCGGGGGUCCAGUCUCCUCAUCUGUUAAAUGGGGAUAGCAGCUGCUGCUUCUCUGUAGCUGGGCCAGGCGAGGACAGUUCCUGAGGGCUAGUGGGUAGGGGCUAGAGGGCAAUUUGGGGGAGAAAAGGAAGGGUGCCACUCCAGACUAUGAGAAAUGAGACCAAUUGAGCAGGUGAUGAACUAUACAUACCAAUAAAGAGAGGCCUCAGCUGCAAGUCAGGUUAAUCAGUCACUUCUCAUAGUGACAUCCCAGAGGGGAGGAGCUCUCAGGGGAGAAGAGGAGGCAAGGACACUUGGGUGUGUGUCCUCUUCUGAUCAGGAAUAGUCCAGGUUCCCAUCUCCUUUCAUAUAUUAUACAAGUUUUAAUUGAGCAACUACUAUGUGCCACUGGGCAAGCAUGGGGAAAUCAAAUGGUAAGCAUCUCCAGGAAGAAGGCCUGGGACAAACUGAUUUGGCCUUGAGCUGGGGCAGAUGGUGGACCUAGGGGCUCCCUUCUGUGUGCCAGCUUCCUGUGCCCUGGCGCUAGAAGGAUCAUGAGGCCUGAGUCCUGGAACCACAGACCUGCUCUGAGACCUUGGGGAAGCCCUGCAGCCUCCCUGGAUCACAUAAUGGUUUUCAGCCAGUUAGACAGGGGACAAGGCUCCCUGUCCUGUUGAGCUCCAGUGAGGAUCAAAGAGGGGAGGAAUCUCAUGAUUCUUGGUAUAGUGCCCAGUAGGAUGCUUUUGGUCUACAAUUAUGGGGAAGUUUGGAUGUGACAUGAGAAAUUGGGGGUGCUCAUUACAAGAGGCUAACGUAACUCUCCUAUUUUAUACUUAGGGAAACUGAGACCCAGAUGGCUCAUUCCUUCGUUGGCUCAUGCAUUCACUCACUCAUUCAAAAACACCACUGGGGGGGGGGCAGCCGGGUGGGUCAGUUGGUUAGAGCGCGUGCUCU